AUGAGGUUCGUCCCCUUCGUUGCGCUUGCUGCGCCUGUCCUCGCACAGUACGAUGCGAAGCCAAAGCCUACCGCAAAGCCCGGAAAGCCGCAUCCAUCUGGUCCUCCUAGGAAGCUCGUCUCCCCCAAAGAGCUGAUCAAGGAGAUCAAGCUCGAGGACUUACUUGAGGGUUCUCAGCAACUUCAAACUUUUGCCGAUGAGGCUGGUGGCAACCGUGCCUUUGGUAGCACUGGACAUAACGCUACGACCGAGUGGCUCUACCAAACGCUCAAGGCUACCGGGUACUACGAUGUGUAUAAGCAGCCUUUCGUCGAGCUCUUCACUGCCGCUACGACCAAGUUCACGGUUGCUGGCGAAGAGAUCCCCGUGUCUUACAUGACUUUCGGUCCCUCUGGUGAUGUCACCGCAAACCUUGUCAAGGUUAACAACCUCGGAUGCGCUGUUGAUGACUUCCCUGCGGAAGUUUCUGGCCAGAUCGCACUCAUCUCGCGAGGCACUUGUCCUUUCGCUGAUAAGGCUGCUAACGCCUUGACCGCCGGUGCAGUCGGUGCAGCGAUCUACAACAACGAACCCAACACACCUCUGUCUGGUACUCUCGGUGGCGAAGGCGACUACGCCCCCGUCGUCGGUAUGACCAAGGAAGCCGGCGACAGCCUUUUAGCCAAGCUCGGCAAUGGCACAGUUGAAGCUACUCUUUUCAUCGAUGCCAUCCGCGAGAACCGCACCAACUACAACGUCAUUGCCGAGACGAAGCAGGGCGACCACGACAACGUACUCAUGCUUGGUGGCCACACCGACUCUGUCUUUGCCGGUCCUGGUAUCAAUGACGAUGGAUCUGGUACCAUCGGUACCCUCAUGACUGGUCUUGCUCUGACCAAAUUCAAGAUCAAGAACGCUGUUCGUCUCGGCUUUUGGGGCGCAGAGGAGUUUGGAAAGCUUGGUUCCUUCUACUACAUGAAGACAAUCAACGGCACUUUCGGCGGUAACGCAACUGAGGUCAACAAGCUUCGUGCCUACCUCAACUUCGACAUGAUUGCUUCGCCCAACUACGUUCUCGGUAUCUACGAUGGCGAUGGUAGCGCGUUCAACUUCUCCGGUGCCCCUGGAUCCGACAAGAUUGAGAAGGACUUCGAGGAGUUCUACGAGGAGCGCGGUCUUCCCCACGUCCCCGCUCUCUUCUCUCUUCGCUCCGACUACGCUGCUUUCCUCGAGAACGGUAUUCCUUCCGGAGGUCUGUUCACAGGUGCCGAAGUGUUGAAGACAGAGGAGGAGGCACAGCUCUUCGGUGGUGAAGCUGGCCAACCACUCGACGCAUGCUACCACCAAGCUUGCGACACUAUUGACAACCUUGCUGAGGAUGCUUUCUUGCUCAACACUCAGAGCAUCGCGAACUCGGUUGCCAAGUACGCGCUCAGCUUCGAGGGUAUUCCAAGGGCUAACAUGACGCUUCGCAAGCGUGGCGCCGAAAGGAGCAGGCUCAUGUCGAGGUUUGAUGAUGGUGGCCAUGCGCACCACGGCCAGACUUGCGGUGCUGGAAAGCAUACUAUCUAG